AUGAAACCACCUCCGCCCGGUGAUGACAAUAAACCUCCUCCACCAAAACCGCCUGUGAAACCACCUCCGCCCGGUGAUGACAAUAAACCACCUCCACCAAAACCGCCUGUGAAACCACCUCCGCCCGGUGAUGACAAUAAACCACCUCCGCCCAGUGAUGACAAUAAACCACCUCCACCACAACCGCCUGUGAAACCACCUCCGCCCGGUGAUGACAAUAAACCACCUCCACCACAACCGCCUGUGAAACCACCUCCGCCCGGUGAUGACAAUAAACCACCUCCACCACAACCGCCUGUGAAACCACCUCCGCCCGGUGAUGACAAUAAACCACCUCCACCACAACCGCCUGUGAAACCACCUUCGCCUGUAAAACCACCUUCGCCUGUGAAACCACCGCCUGUGGAACCACCGCCUGUGGAACCACCGCCUGUGGAACCAUCGCCUGUGGAACCACCUCCACCACCACCGCGACCUUGUCCGCCUGGUCCAUGCGACCCAUGUCCGCCAUGUCCUGAUCUAUGCAACAACUUCCAGAUGGAUGAUUGUGUCUAUAUCUUAACCUACAAUAACUUCGAUGAUUUUGCUACGAUGUGUCCCACAUUCGUUGCGAAUUUUUAUGCCGACUGGUGUCUUCCCAGCAUGUAUAUGACUCCCGUUUACCAGAGAGUGGCAAAACGAGUGAGUAUUCCGAUGGCGAAGAUUGACGCCGAGAGAAACGGCGCAAUUACCAAUCGUUACCAUUUACAAAAGUAUCCAACUUUGAUGCUCUGGAAAGAUCGCAAGGGACCGUAUCAAUACAUUGGCAAACCCAGUGAAGAAGAGAUCGUGAAUUGGAUCGGAAGAUACGCUGGUAACGUGUGGACGUAUAGAAGAAGAGAGGCUGCUAAUGAACAAAUGAGGAUGUUCAUCCCUGAUCGCCCUGCUAAUGUUGUCAACAGGAGAGGUAGUCGAUCACCCUCAGUUCCUGGUGGAGGAAACAAAAUGAACGACGACGACGACAGCUGCACCCUUCUUUCCGCAGUUCUUGGAUUUCUGGUUUUGGUUACGCUCAUCGUGCUACUGACUUGGGCUGUGAAACGAAACGCUGUAGAACGGCAAAGGAAUCGUGACCACAAAGUCCAGGAACAUCAAGAGCUACUCGAGCGGUCUCCCCUCUCGAGAUCUUCGUUGCUCGAAAUAGAAGAUUAA